UUCUCGCAUCGCACAUACUGACAUGUGUCCAAGUGGCACACAGCAUGCAGCGUUUGGGCAUUUCGACAUGCAGAGCAGCUCGACGAGUCUGCCCCGCAAUGUGCAUACAAUCCUUUCUACCGUGUUAGCACUUACAUCCCACAAUCGCAGAGGGGGAAGUAUACCUGCAAGAGCUUUUCAAGUGCGAAACAGUCUGCAAACUGCACGCAUGCUCUCCGCUGUACGCUGAAGUGCCCGAACUGGAUCCUGCCACGCAAGAGCAGCAGCUGCGCUGCACAUGCAGCGAGCCCCUCCAGGCAAAAAAAGCGAUCUCAUUGAUACUCGGGAUAGAAGACCUAAACGAUGUUUACUAGUGUGUGAGAAAAGAGAUAUAAACCCUCAAGCAUCCCCUCAUUCUCAUCUCCAUCAAGCAGCCAACGAGCACAAGACAGUUCUCCAAGCCCAAGACAAAUUUCAGAUCAACAAUCCAUCACAAUGGUCCAGGACGCUAAGAACCUCUACUACUCCCGCGAGUGGUUCCAGGAGAUGAAGAGCAAGUACGAUGCCGCGUCCCCCGACCGCUGCCUGGGCAUGUCCUUCGACGAAGCCGCCAAGCACAUCUCCCAGGACGGUCUCGUCAUGACCGCCGCGGAAGCCGAGAAGUACGACGAGAACCACGACGGCAGCAUCAACUUCGAGGAAUACCUCACCAUGCGCCUCGAAUACGACUCCCGUCGCCAGGACAAGCGUGGUCGCUUCCUUGCAUGAGCUACAAAUUUUAC